AUGGCGCCAUUAGGCAAUCUUGUACGUCUACUUCCACUGCACAUCAACGAAUUACCGGCCCACCCUGCGCUCGAAUCUCUGGUCAUCCCUCAUUCAGAACACACCAGGUCUGCCGAGAGCAGUCCAUCACAAGCUGGCAAAGUCGACUCAAGCGAACGUCCCAAUCUCAUAUCAUUCAUGGAGGAAGUCUUCGACCAGGCUACAAUAUUCGUGGAUGAUACUCUUCCGGCCACGUUCAAAGAAGGCAAUUUGAAAAAGUCUGCUCCAGCCACAGCCAAGGUUAGACUGUUGAGUCGAAAUAUUUCGGAGGCAGAGAUUCAGGCUAUUCCCUGGAUUAAUUCCAGUAUUCCGCGAAAUUGGUCCAAUGGGAGGAAACCUGCCGAAGCUUGGUUUGCCAGGAGGAGUCGCCAUGCCAAUCACAGCGACGAAGGAACUGCAGACCUCGACGAGUUCGACUUCGGCUUACGGCAUGACCAUUCGAAGCAUGAGCAUCCACGAAAUGUGCCAUGA